AUGGACAAGGGGAGAAGCAAGCUGAGGAACAAGACAGAGGCGAGGAAAGAGCUGCUGCAGCAGGGGGGGAGGAUCGAGGACUCGGACUGCUCCUCGCCAACCUCAUCGUCCUCUGUCAGCAAGCAAGUGAUCCUCGAGCUCAUGGCAGCGAGAGGAGGGCAGCAGUUCCUCAGCUGCUACGUGAGGUUUGCGUGCAAGUUGUCGAGGCACGAGAAGCAGUCGACGAGGAUGUUUGCGGUGGAGGUGGCAGGGAGCUUGCUGCUGUCAGAGGGGAUGGGAAAGACCGGCGGAGAGAGUGAUGAAGGCCCUUCGGAGGAGAAGGACGGAAGAAGAAGUCAGCACUUCCGGGAAGUCAACGCGCCAUUGCUCCGUAUGCUGCUGCAGCGAUGCUCGGACAAGAUGCCAUCAGUGCGAGCCAAGGCGAUUGCCAACCUUGCGUGCGUGAUGGAGCGAGAGGAGCUGCUGCAUGCGCUGCUGCAACACAUGCAGGAGGAGCAGGGAGCAGGAGACUUGUCGACAAUGUCAAGAGAUCUCAAUCAGACCUCCGAGCAAGAGGUCAAGUUGCAGCUCGACUCACUCAUGGACAUCAUGAAGAGGAGAAGUGAAGAUAGCAAAAGUUUUGUCCGCAAGUCCUCCGUGCAGGUGCUGGAGGUAUUGUUGAGGCACAGGAUCGAGGCUGGAGAGGAAGAAAGCUCUCUGCUGCAGGACGUGAAGCUGCUCACGAAGCGAUGCACAGACAUCUCGGUGCUAGUGCGGAAGCAAGCUCUGGACUCGGUCACAAACCUCCUUCAGGAGGCAGCACAGCAAGAGAAGUCGGAACAGGUCGCUCUCCUCCAGGUCGCCUGCCGCAUCCUGGGGAGGAGGAAGCCCAGCGGGCUGCCGUCAGGGCUGACGAGGAAGAUGAUGACGCGGCUGAAGGCGAUCAGCGAGGAGGAGAAGGAGGAAGAGACGAGAAUCGGUUGUCCUGUGCGGCAGGGAGCAGCUCUCCGUCUUGCUACGAGGGCGGCAGCGCAUCUCUCAGACGAUUGUGUUGCCUCCCUCCUCGAAUCGCUCCAGCUGCACCUCAAGCAUGCUGACAGCCCUCCCCAGCUGCUCCAUGACAUGUGCAAGGCAGCUUUCAGCCUGUCGAGGCGGGAAACCCGCAACCCUCAGCUCGACCCCAGCUGGGCACAAAGGAUCUGCAACUCUAGCCUCCAGCGCCUCCAGCCGUUUGUGCAGCGAAGGCUGAAGGGAGCGAAAGGGAGGGAGGGGGAGGAGGAGGAGCGGAUGGUGCGCACGGUGUUUGUGGUGGGAGCUAUGGCGCUCGAGGGUGCGAAGAUCUCCACCACGCUGAGCAACACGAUCCAAGCGCUGCUGAGGCCUGCCAACCAAGUGCGAGAGGAGGAAGAGGAUGGAGCAGAACAGGAGCUGCAGUCGCACGUCCUCAUAGCGUUGGGAAAGAUGUGCAUGCAGGAUGCAUCCCUUGCCUCCAAGAUGAGUUCAGUUUUCUUCCGCGAGCUGCAGCUGACGAGCUCUCCGGUCAUCCGCAACAAUCUCCUCGUCAUUCUCUCCGACCUCUGCGUCCGUUUCACUUCCCUCGUCGACCCUCACGUCUCCAAGCUCGCCUCCUGCCUUCGGGACCCUAACGCCAUCCUUCGUCAGCACGCGCUGACGCUCAUCACCACUCUGCUCUGUACCGACUACGUCAAGUGGAAAGGCGCUCUCUUCUUCCGCUACAUCCUCGCUCUCGUCGACGAAAAUGAAGUCAUCCGCGACCAGGCGCGCAAGCAACUGUUCAACGUGCUGCUUCCCAAGAGCGGGCACCAGAUCUGCUCGGCCCAUCUGGUUGAAUCUCUCUUCGUCCUCAACGACUUCACCUCCCACGAGUCCUUCAACCGCUUCAAGGCCUCCCCCGAGGAGAGAACUCGCUUCUCCCUCCCGGGCAAGGGAGACAACCAGAGGAGGAGGAGGGAGAUCUACACUCUCAUGCUCGCCCACUGCUCCGACGAGCAGAAGUUUCAGAUCACCGCCAAGCUCUGCGAGGAGGUGCUUGGAGCCGUCGCCGACGGGACCAUGGGCCUGCAUGCUGCGGAGGACGUGCUGGGAGACGCACUCUACCUGCUCUCGAGCAAGGAGAUCAAACUCUCGGCCUUGCAGAAGACCAAGGCAGGAGACGAAGAGCGGGAGGAGGAGGUAGCGCAGGCAGCGGCAACAGCAGCAAGGAACAAGCUGCUGAGCCAGGUGGUGAAGAAGAACGUGAUGCAGAACGUGGUGCCGACGUUGGCAGGGCUGAAGGUGGUGCUGGAGGAGCAGCACUCGAGCCUCCUCGGCGACCUCAUGCGCUGCUUCUCCUCCCUCCUGCGCGAGUUCCGCUCCGAGAUCGACGACAUCCUCGCGUCCAACCGGCAGCUCGCCUCAGAGCUCCUCUACGACCUCCGUCUGGAGGAGACUCGACCGCGUGCUGAGGAGGCGGCGGGAGGCGGCGGGGAAGCGACCGGCAGCUCGUUACUCUGCUCUCCGGGCACGAGCCGCUCACAGCAGGCGGCAACUCCGCUCUCCAUCCCCAAGCUGAACCAGAGCGCGGCGAAGAGCGCGGGGAAAGGGAUGGCAGAGAAGAGGAGGGGAGAACUGGAGGAGACCUCAAAGCGGAUCGAGUUCAACGACGAGAACGAGGACCCACGGAGACGAUCGAAGAGGGCGAGGAGAAGCUGA